UAUAGCUGCUGCCGACUCCCCCCGUGUCUGUCUCUCUCUACUUUUCUUUCUACACUCUCUCUCCGUCUUCUCUUUUUCUCCAUGGCCAACCCCUUCCUGAGUUUGACUUCACAUCGCGAAACUCACAUUGCUAGAAUGGGCAGAAUUAGGGUUUCCCAGACUCUUCCUUCAGCCCCUGAUCAACCCACACCCUCUGAUCUUCCAACUGCGAUGCUCAUUGAUGGAGAAGAAUUACAUAUUGGCGGAAUUGCAACGGUUGUAAACAAUGAAGCUUCGCCGGCUUCGUCGACGAAUGCAGAUACUGAAACUGAAAAGAAAAGCUGUAAAAAGAGGGAUUUGAGUGAAUACAAUUUGGAUGGCUUGAGUUGCCCUAUUUGUAUGGAGCCAUGGAAAUCCCAAGGCGAUCAUCAAGUUUGUUGUCUUCCUUGUGGGCACAUUUAUGGUAUGUCUUGCAUCAAUAGAUGGAUUCAACACCGUGGUGGAUAUUACGCCAAGUGCCCUCAAUGCAACGAAAAGAUCACCUUGAAGGAUGUUCGAAAGCUUUAUGCAUCACCAGUAAUUGUGGUUGAUGAAAAUUCACGAAAGAAAGUUGAAUCACUUGGUGCUGAAAAUAAAUCACUUGAGGCUGAAAAUAGGUGUCUCAAGACUGAGAGAGCUAAUCUACUUGAUAUUCAAGAUAGUUUGCUCAAAGAAUUGCGUCAUCUCAAGGAGAUGGCUGACCACAUCCCACACGAUGGGGUUUCUCUGCGAGUAGAGGAUGAGCCUGACAUCAUGCCAUUGCCGCCCAGGAUUCGGCUAUUCGACCCGGAGAGGUACCACCCUCAGGAGCACAUACUACCACCGAGCACUUUUCAUCAUUUCACAGAUUUUGCGCGACGAGCACCCGCAGACUUGCUACUACAGGAGCCGGAGUCUCACCUGUCUCACCACGCGCGCGAGGUGGCUUCCCGCUUUACCCGGGGAUAUGGGUCGAUCAUAGCGAGGGAGUGGUAUACGGAGCUCCCAGACGAUGUUCGACAGCUUGUUGAUGAGGCAGGGUUCGGCCCAUUUUGCACAGGGUUAUCGUGUCUUGCAGCGAGUAGGACCCUCCUAGGUGCACUAGUAGAGAGAUGGUGGGACACCACCAACUCCUUCCAUUUCUCAGCUACCGGGGACAUGACGAUGACCCCAUACGACUUUGCUAUGUUGACGGGCCUCGACGCGGGAGGUCAGUCGAUCCCAUAUGACUCAGACAUGGGUGAGUGGGAGGCAGCUUGGACCUAUCUACUCGGAGCCUAUCCGCCGAUCUACCGAUCAUCAGGCUCAGUCAGAUACACCUGGUUCACAGAGCAGUACAGAGGGACUGUGCCCGAGACUGUUGAGGCCACGGAGCAGUAUGCCCGGGGAUUCCUGAUCUUCCUUCUUGGGACCACAUUGUUCUCCAACAGAGGGAACACGGUCGGACUACAUCUUCUGAGUGCUCUAGUAGACCUUUCCCAGGUUCGGCACUUCGAUUGGGGCGACGCUGGCCUUACUACCCUUUAUUGCUAUAUGAGCGCGACCUCCCGCGGGUGCGGGAACAUAGUAGGCGGCUAUUGGAGAGCUUGGAAGCUGUAGGUAUGCGCCUAUUUCCCGACGCUUGCUCCUGAUCUAGAGGUCGAGGCACCACUUGAGGUGCCGUUCUCGCGUAGAUUUGAGGGUCGAUGCCGACCCAGGCCCUGAGAGACUUUGCCAUAUCUCAGGCAUUAUUUUGAUACAAUCACCUGGCAGCCUUGGACAGCGAUGCUGGGGUUUUCUCGAUUCCAGUUUGCUGGGGCAUGGGGCGCUUCCCGAUACCGGAUUUUGUUUGAGGGACCAGUUGACAGAGCCUGGUUUCUCGGGGAGCGCUUCAUGCGCCAGACACUGGGUUAUCCCGCUCAGGAGAUCCCUUCACCGCCUCCCUUAGACAUGCGGUCCACAGAGAGUCUCACUUCCCAGGAGGUUAGCGAUCUUAUGUAGGGUGCUGACGCAGUCCUUUUUCAUAAGGAGGGGAAGUACACGACAUACCUUCACACAUAUCUGAUGCCUCCGCUAACAGGUGUUCAUACCCCCAUGAGGAGAGCUGCUGACAUUCCUUCGUCGAGCCGCACCCGAGCUAUAAACAUUCCCUCAACUAGCAGGGCCAGUACAUCGAGAGGUAGGACUAGGGGGAUGCCCUUCACUUGGCAGUGUGCUGGGUGGCCGGAUCCUCCGACCGAGCUGACAGGCUGGCGAUAUGGGACGCCUUAUCAGAUUUCACUGGAGCCUCCACUGCCAGAUCAUCGAUAUGUCAGUGCCCCUGACUCAGCAUUGCCUCCCAGAGGAUAUGUUGAGGGGUUGCUCGAGGCGAUGGCCUUACUCGAGGGUAUGGUCUUGCGGAGGGAGACGAUGUUGUACGCCUACGACAUUUCGGUCACACCUCUACAGCCCGGGCCACCUGGGCCUUCUCGAGUAGCAGGGAGAGGGAUCUCAAUACAUGGUCGAAGGAGACGUUGAGCGCCUGCCAGACGCGAUGACGAGUCUAGUGAGGAGGAGGAGCCAGCACACCCUCAGUCAGAGACAUCUGCGGGCAGAGGUGAUGACACCAGUUCAGGUUUUGAGGGCGGAGACUAAGCCGAGGAGGAUUCCGAGGACGGCGGCUCUGGUUCAGAUGGAGGUGCCGACGGUAGUCGUGCAAGGGCUGCUCAGCAGAAGAGGGUGAAGAGAGCCUCUCGAUCUUGAGCCAGAUGCACCGACUCAGUUGUUUUUGCUUUGUUUUCUUUUUACUAGUAGUUGUAGCACAUUGUACAGCGUUAGGCAGUUUUAUUUUUCUUAAAACUUGUACCCUGUUAUAAAAAGAAACCAUGAUAGAAUGAAAACAGC